AUGACUGCUUUUGCCUCUGUGUCGGCUGUGCAACUGGAUUCAACACGGCCAAGUGCCAGUAAAGGCUCCCCUUUCGUCGCAGGCACUGCUGCGCGCGCCCAUCCCAUCCCAUCGAAGGGUUUCUUGCGAUCAGCACCGAGCACAUUGGGACUCGCCAUUGGAGCAGCACUAUGCAGGCACUGCCGUUCACGCACAUCGCUGAAAGUUGCUAGACGAGAUCUUCUCGGCGCUGGAAUCGCAUGGGUAGGCGGCGCCGAGCGUGCAUUGGCUCGCUCAACUACAGCUCCAGAGAUCGUGAAACGUCUUUGGGCCGGGGGUCUGAGCAGUGGAGAGGACUUGGAUGCUUGGGUGGCCGCAUUCGCCGCAGAUUGUGUCUAUGAAGACUUGUAUUAUGCACAGCCCGCAACUGGUCGGCAGGAGCUGAGAAGAAGAUUGCUGCAAGAGAAGUUGCUGCCGAAGGGAGCUCGCAUGAUCCUGGACCACGUGUCCGAUGGAAGAUCCUCAUGUGGCUUCACAUGGCAUAUCCAGCAAGAGGGGGUUGCUUAUGUGCGUGAGCUUGGCGAGCCGCUUUUCAAAGCCGGCGUGCUGACAGAGCAGUUGCUGCAGGCGCUCACAAAAGACCAGCCCAAAAAACUUCGAGCAGCGAGCUCCACCACGCAGACGCCGACCACAGCUCCAGGCAUCGUGAAGUACUUGUACGGCGAUGUUCAAGACAGCGGCGGCGAUGCUGUCCGAUUCUACGCGGAUGAUGUCGUCUACGAGGACAUGAACUACGACACGCCGUUUGUUGGGAAGACUGCUGUUGAGGGCUUUUUGAACCGAUUCCAAGACAUCGAAGGCGUCACCUUUGUACUUGAAGAAGUGUCAGAUGGAGAGAAGGCUGUGGGCUUCACUUAUCACAUUGAUGUGGCAGGGCAGUCGCGUGGCAUCCGUGGUGUAACCUUCUAUGAAAUCGAUGACCAGGGCAAGGUGAAGUAUGUGCGGGAUGUUCCGGAAUCGGCCACCAAGCCACCUCCAGUGCAGCAGGCGCCGAAGUCCAUCUUUUGGGAUUGCUUGGGUUGCUGA